AUGCAGGAUCCUGCAGCGUCACCAUCCCCGGGGCACCUAUCUGCGCCUCAAGGGAGCUUCCACACUCCAUCGCAAGAACCAGCAGAGCCCCAUUCGCGAAAACCAUGGCAAUCUUCGCGUCCCCAGUCUUCCCGGACGGGAAGGCCCCAGUCGCAGCAGCAGUCGCAUCCCCAUGUCGAGACACUGGCAGCAGACGCAACAAAUUCUUCCAUAAAGCAGCCCAAAUGGUGGAAAGUCCACCUAUUCCGUGGAAUGAUUAAAGAUAUCAAGCGGCGCGCACCGUACUACUGGAGUGAUUGGAUUGAUGCAUGGGAUUAUCGCGUCGUUCCGGCGACGGUUUAUAUGUUUUUUGCUAAUAUAUUGCCCGCUCUGGCAUUCUCCUUGGAUAUGUUUGAGAAGACGAAUCAGAGUUAUGGGGUGAAUGAGGUGUUGUUGGCGAGUGUGUUGGGUGCGGUUGUGUUUUCGCUUGCUGCGGCGCAGCCGUUGGUUAUUGUUGGUGUUACUGGUCCGAUUACGGUGUUCAACUACACGGUUUAUGACAUUAUCGCGCCGCGCGGGACGCCUUAUUUGGCGUUUAUGUGUUGGAUUGGGAUAUGGUCAUUGAUCAUGCACUGGAUACUCGCCAUCACCAACGCCUGCAAUGCCCUGACCUACGUGACCCGCUUCUCCUGCGACAUCUUCGGCUUCUACGUAGCAUGCAUCUACCUUCAAAAAGGCAUCCAGGUCCUAACUCGCCAAUGGGGUGCAGUAGGUGAGACUUCAGCCUACCUAAGCAUCAUGGUCGCCCUCUUAGUCCUAAUUAGCGGCUGGAUCUGCGGCGAGCUCGGAAGUAGCGGUUUAUUCCAGCGCUAUGUGCGCAAGUUCUUGGAGGAUUAUGGGACGCCGUUAACGAUUGUGUUCUUCACUGGUUUUGUGCAUAUUGGGCACAUGAGGGAUGUUAAUGUUGCCACGCUGCCGACUGGGAAGGCGUUCUAUCCUACGAUGGAACGGGGGUGGUUGGUGAGGUUUUGGGAUAUUGAUGUUGGUGAUGUGUUUUUGGCGAUCCCGUUUGCAGUGUUGUUGACGAUUCUCUUCUACUUUGAUCAUAAUGUGUCAUCGCUCAUGGCCCAAGGAACAGAAUUCCCCCUCCGCAAACCAGCCGGCUUCCACUGGGACUUCUGGCUUCUCGGUCUCACCACCUUUGUCGCAGGCCUUCUGGGCCUCCCCUUCCCAAACGGCCUCAUCCCACAAGCACCAUUCCACACAGCCUCCCUCUGUGUCACCCGCGACGUAGCCGACGAAGACGACACGAACAAAGGCAAAGCUGUUCGCAUCACGGACCACGUCGUCGAGCAGCGCGUCAGCAAUUUCGCCCAGGGCCUGCUGACAGUAGGCACGAUGACCGGUCCGCUCUUGAUCGUCCUGCACUUGAUUCCGCAAGGCGUUAUGGCGGGUCUUUUCUUCAUCAUGGGCGUUCAGGCGCUGCAGGGCAACGGGAUUACGCAGAAAUUGAUUUUCCUAGCGCAAGACCGUAACCUGACACCAACCUCGAACCCAUUAAAGCGUCUCGAGCGCCCUCUCGCCAUUUGGGUCUUUGUGAUUCUGGAAUUAAUCGGUUUCGGUGGUACCUUCGCCAUCACGCAGACAAUCGCCGCCAUCGGCUUCCCAGUCAUAAUCCUCUUCCUCAUCCCCGUCCGCGCAUUCCUGUUUCCACUAUGGUUCACGCCCGAAGAACUAUCCACCCUCGACGCACCAACUGCUAGCCCCUUCACCAUGGAAAGCGUCGGUGGAACGCACGGCGUGGAUGAAUCUGUGGAUCCCGAGUCCAGUAAUGGUCAGGGUCAGUCGAAAGCACCCUCUGGCGAAGCAGCCAUGAUUCGCCGGGAUCGCAGCUCGUCGGGGUCGGCGGUAGGGGAUGAUUUGGAGAGGGGGGAUGCGUAUGAGAUGCAGCCGCAGUCGCGGGCUUCGGUGAGGACUAGGCGGAGUACGGCGAGUGGGAUGGAGGUUCAGCCGUCUAAUUAUUGA